CGGAAGCCGGCUUUGGCCCUGCGGCUCCUGCCGUCGCCGCGGAGAAAUUGUUGAAGCUGGCAGCCUAGGAAUGACUCUCUUCUCAGCAUCCCAGCUCACUUGGUCAGAACCCUUGGAUGAGCCUGUGGGACCCUUCCUCCUCGCCGUGUGGUGUGGAACCAGUGGCUUUGGGACUGUGAGAGGAUGGACAAAGAUUCACAGGGGCUGUUAGAUUCAUCCCUGAUGGCGUCAGGCACUGCCAGCCGCUCAGAGGAUGAGGAGUCACUGGCAGGACAGAAACGAGCUUCCUCCCAGGCCCUGGGUACUAUCCCUAAACGGAGAAGCUCCUCCAGGUUCAUCAAGAGGAAGAAGUUUGAUGAUGAACUGGUAGAGAGCAGCCUGGCCAAGUCCUCCACCCGGGUGAAGGGGGCCGGCAGCGUGGAGUCGGGCCGCUGCUCGGGGAGCGAGCCCUCGUCUAGUGAGAAGAAGAAGGUAUCCAAGGCUCCCAGUACUCCUGUCCCACCCAGCCCUGCCCCAACCCCUGGACUUACCAAGCGUGUGAAGAAAAGCAAACAGCCACUUCAGGUGACCAAGGAUCUGGGCCGAUGGAAGCCUGCAGAUGACCUCCUCCUCAUCAAUGCUGUGCUACAGACUAACGACCUGACAUCUGUCCACCUGGGUGUGAAGUUCAGCUGCCGCUUCACCCUUCGGGAAGUUCAGGAGCGCUGGUACGCCCUGCUCUACGACCCCGUCAUCUCCAAACUGGCUUGCCAGGCCAUGAGGCAGUUACACCCAGAAGCCAUUGCAGCCAUUCAGAGCAAGGCCCUGUUCAGCAAGGCUGAGGAGCAGCUGCUGAGCAAAGUAGGAUCGACCAGCCAGCCCACCUUGGAAACCUUCCAGGACUUGCUGCACAGACACCCUGAUGCCUUCUACCUGGCCCGUACUGCCAAGGCUCUGCAGGCCCACUGGCAGCUCAUGAAACAGUAUUACCUACUGGAGGAUCAGACAGUGCAGCCACUGCCUAAGGGGGACCAAGUGCUAAACUUCUCAGAUGCAGAGGACCUGAUUGACGACAGUAAGCUCAAGGACAUGCGAGAUGAAGUCCUGGAACAUGAGCUGACAGUGGCUGAUCGGCGCCAGAAACGAGAGAUCCGGCAGCUGGAACAGGAGCUGCAUAAGUGGCAGGUGCUAGUGGACAGCAUCACAGGCAUGAGUUCUCCAGACUUCGACAACCAGACCCUGGCCGUGUUGCGGGGCCGCAUGGUGCGGUACCUAAUGCGCUCCCGUGAGAUAACCCUGGGCAGAGCAACCAAGGACAACCAGAUUGAUGUGGACUUGUCUCUAGAAGGUCCAGCCUGGAAGAUCUCCCGAAAGCAAGGUGUCAUCAAGCUGAAAAACAAUGGUGACUUCUUCAUUGCCAACGAGGGCCGGCGGCCCAUCUAUAUCGACGGGCGGCCUGUGCUGUGUGGCUCCAAGUGGCGCCUUAGCAACAACUCUGUGGUGGAGAUCGCCAGCCUGCGAUUUGUCUUCCUCAUCAACCAGGACCUCAUUGCCCUCAUCCGGGCUGAGGCUGCCAAGAUCACACCACAGUGAGGCGGGUAGCAGAAACCAGGGCAUUCUCUGGCCUCAGUUUCCCCUGUCAUUCCAGCUCCCUUGAGCUGGGAACUCAGGCUCCUGGAAAUCGCUUGUACCCAGAGUGGGUAGUGGCCCAACUGCUGGACCAUUGAUUGAGCCUUUGAGGCAAGGUGGGGUCACCGUGGGGACGCCAGGAGAGGCUGGGACCCCUGUGCCUCCCCAGAGCCAGAGCCCCCACCAUUGCCACAUCACUCCUGUGUCUCCAGUGGAUCAGCUUUAGAUUCCUCCUUUUUGUUUUCGUUUUUUGUAAAUAAAAAGUACUGAGUUCCAAA